AAAUGCAAACCUGUAGGAUGAAGUGCUCGCGCACCUCCGUUGUUGUCUUAAAAAUGACAUAGUACAAGUACUUGGCUAAGACUAUAGAUGGUUUUUGAUUUGAAACAAGAAGCAGCCAUUAUGAGCCUGUUAUGAAUUUUGUUUUGGAUGUUUACAAAGGGAUGUAUUUGAUUUAUCUUUUAAAAAAUAAGGAUUUUUCUUUUGUGUACAUAUCUACACGAAGUACUGUUUUUGUGUUUGUAUGUACGACGCACUCACCUUAAGUUUAGAGCAUGCAUCUGCACAGAAAAGCAGCUGGCGAAGAGAGAGAAUCUGGUGGUGCUGGAGUAUCAUUUUUAGCUAAACAACGACAAGCUGCAUCAAUACGAAAAAGUUCUCUCUCAGGAUCACCACGUGGAAGGAUUUCUUUAUGAUGUUAUCGAAAAGGCUGACUUUGCAGCGCAGAGUUAAACUCACCCCUUCAACUUCACCAAAACACUCUUUUCCGCUGUCCAAUGAAAAUGCACAAAGUUGUCCAAGUGAUAUAAAGACGACACGAAUAAAUUUUGCCAUUUUUUGAUUCAAGAUAUUGGAAAAAACGCAAAGAUUGUUAUAAAAGAUGACCCAAGGAGAACGCACAAAUUUUAUUUUGUUGCCGCGAAUUUCAUUUAGAAUUGCUGCUACAUGGGUUUUAGCAUUAGUUUGUAAUAACACUUCACAAAGUCCAUCUAUCUUCAAAGGCUCUUCUUGCAAGUGGAAAUUGAAAAGUGGCAGGUGGAGCGCGCAUUCUAUCCUUCUGGCUGAGAGAACUAAGAAAGGAACCAGUUUUGUUUCACGGAAUUCCGGUGUGGUCGCACGUUCUGUAUUCUGGAUACACCCUAUUUACCAUGUAAAAGAGGUUUCGCAACAAUGACCGUGCAUGUCUGGCUUAUCAACGCUUCCACACAAACAGUGAAGUUUUGGAUCGUGGAUGGUUCUUACAUACGAAGCUUUAUAUAUAAUGAAAUAAUGCAUAUUUUAUGAAAUUUUAAAUGUUUCUGUAUAUAUUCUAAAUUUGCUCUUUGUUUCUUAACAACGAUCCCAGUAAAAAUGGUAUGAUAUAGAUUUUAAGUCAAUGUUGUUAAAAUAAGCAUCCCACUUAGCUCUAGUUUUGCUGUUGAAUAACCCCCUGAUACUGAAGGCGGAAGUUAUCAAAAUAUUUUGCUAAAAGGGUGAAAGUGUGUUUAUUUAAAAGGAUUGAAUCGUAAUCUAAAGGAUUAGACAUCAUUACACCACACUACCACAUUUCAAUAAAUACCAGCAAUGAUUGAUUGUUACUCCAAAUUUCGACAAGUCGAUUUUCAGUUGAGAAUUUUUUUUUAUAUGUAUAUGUAUCUAUGUAUAUGCUACUUUGGGUUGCAGUAACCCUUUUUAGCUAUCCAAACCGCUGCAUUAUUUACUCAGUGUUUUAUGUAUAUACGUUUUCUUUACUCUUUCUUGAAAAUACGGAUUUUAUUAAGAUCUAUAUAUAAGAAUGAUUUUUCAGCAGAGAUUUCCAGUGAAGAAUGUAGAAGAAAAAAUAUUGCUUUUACGAGCAUCAACUUUUUAUUACCGCAUAAUUUUUUAUUUGCUUUUCUUUUCAAAUGAACUUUGUUUAAUUAUGUUGAAAGGGUGUGCAGGGUUUUUUUGUUCAUAUAUAUUUUUCUGUCAUUAGGUUUUUUUUUGGAAUUUUCCUGGAAAGCAUUUUCUGCUGUGUCAAAAGAGAAAUAGCCAGGAUAAAAAUAUUUAUGCACACCUUUUCAUAGCUGGAUGAUUUACCAGAAAGUUUUUAAAAUUUUAAAGAAAAUCAGAAAUGCUAUCAGAAGUUGGAGCUCUUUCAGUGCAGUACUAUACACCAAUUUGUUGUUAUUAAUAUUUCUUUUUAAUAAUUAUGUUUUCUUUUCUGUUUUUCCAGUAAUGAGGUAAAAAGAAAAAGAAAAGUUUUUCUACUCAAAUUCCUGUCAAUUUGACUACUGAAUUUUGUGUUAGACAAAAGAGGACUCUCGAAUCCAUUAAGAAUUAUAAGCCAUAUGAAAUUUCCUAUGUGUGUGUUACUGUUUAUCAAAAGAACAUGUGUUAUGAUCUAUAUGUGUUUGAACUAUUUUUAAAUUUGUUUUUGUAUUGUCUAUAAAACUUUAAUUUAUUUUUCUUAGUUUCAAAUACAUAGACAUGAAUUAUGAACCAAGAUAUCAAUUUUAAGUGACAUAAAUCCUUACGACAGAGACGUUAAUGGACAUAUCUUAUUAACCAGAAAUUCUCAACAUUGAAGAUGAAUGGUAUGUCUCACCCAUCCUUAGAAGCAACCUUAAACAGAGCUUUAUCCUUACUGGACUACACUUCCCAAAAUAAUUUGGUUAAUAACAAUUUGCAAAUUUCUACAAAUACUUUAACAUAUAAACAUUAUGAUGUUGUUGAUAUUGUAUUUAGAAGAUCUAGUUAUAUGCUUGGCAAAAUUUUAAAUAACAAUGGAACCAGUACAAGUGGGGAAAGAAAUAGCGCUCGAAUUAAUAGCACCCAGUUAGAAAAUGCAUACCACGAACUAAAAUGUUCACUCAAUUUAUUUCUCAAUACCUACCGCAAAAAAGAACAAAGUAUUGAACAAGCAUUUCAUCGGUCCUGUGAUAUGCUGGCUAUAUUUGAAGACUCUGUUGAAGUUAAUAGUAGCUGCCUUUCCAGCUUUAAUGGUACCGUCUUUAAUAAAGACAGAGUUCCUAAGGGAAGUGAUACGUUUAAAGGUUGCGUUACCAAUACUGAUAACGAAGAAAGCGAUAAAGCGUCACUCUUUACUAUAGAUCCUUUCCCUGUAAGAAAUUUGUACACAAAACAAGUUAUCAGAUCAAAAAGACGCCUGCUAAUCAAGCUACGACGCGAACGUUUAGGUAAAAAUUUAAGCCUUAAACCUAAAACUGCAUUAUUUAACUUAAAUUUUAAACUAGACAACAAUGUCAAAUCCAAUGGUGUAUCAUCAAAAUUGAAUCUUGGAACUAAAUUGACAUCACAGGAUGUCAAAUCUAAUGCUGCAUCAUCACAAUUGAAUUUUGGAACUAAAUUGACACCACAAGAUGUCAAAUGUAAUGCUGCGUCAUCACAAAUUAAUUUUGGAACUAAAUUGACACCACAAGAUGUCAAAUAUAAUGCUGCGUCAUCAGAAAUGAUUUUUGGAACUAAAUUGACACCACAAGAUGUCAAAUGUAAUGCUGCGUCAUCACAAAUGAAUUUUGGAACUAAAUUGACACCACAAGAUGUCAAAAGUAAUGCUGCGUCAUCACAAAUGAAUUUUGGAACUAAAUUGACACCACAGGAUGUCAAACUUAAAGUUGCGUCAUCACAAUUGAAUUACGAACCUAUAUUGACACCACAGGAUGUCAAACUUAAAGUUGCGUCAUCACAAUUGAAUUACGAACCUAUAUUGACACCACAGGAUGUCAAAUCCAAAGUUGCGUCAUCACAAUUGAAUAGCGAACUUAUAUUGACACCACAGGAUGUCAAACCCAAAGUUGCGUCAUCACAAUUGAAUUACGAACCUAUAUUGACACCACAAGAUGUCAAAUGUAAUGCUGCGUCAUCACAAAUGAAUUUUGGAACUAAAUUGACACCACAAGAUGUCAAAUGUAAUGCUGCGUCAUCACAAAUGAAUUUUGGAACUAAAUUGACACCACAGGAUGUCAAACUUAAAGUUGCGUCAUCACAAUUGAAUUACGAACCUAUAUUGACACCACAGGAUGUCAAACUUAAAGUUGCGUCAUCACAAUUGAAUUACGAACCUAUAUUGACACCACAGGAUGUCAAAUCCAAAGUUGCGUCAUCACAAUUGAAUAACGAACUUAUAUUGACACCACAGGAUGUCAAACCCAAAGUUGCGUCAUCACAAUUGAAUUACGAACCUAUAUUGACACCACAAGAUGUCAAAUGUAAUGCUGCGUCAUCACAAAUGAAUUUUGGAACUAAAUUGACACCACAAGAUGUCAAAUGUAAUGCUGCGUCAUCACAAAUGAAUUUUGGAACUAAAUUGACACCACAGGAUGUCAAACUUAAAGUUGCGUCAUCACAAUUGAAUUACGAACCUAUAUUGACACCACAGGAUGUCAAACCCAAAGUUGCGUCAUCACAAUUGAAUUACGAACCUAUAUUGACACCACAGGAUGUCAAACCCAAAGUUGCGUCAUCACAUUUGAAUUUUGGAACUAAAUGGACACCACAGGAUGUCAAACCCAAAGUUGCGUCAUCACAAUUGAAUUACGAACCUAUAUUGACACCACAGGAUGUCAAACCCAAAGUUGCGUCAUCACAAUUGAAUAGCGAAGCUAUAUUGACACCACAGGAUGUCAAAGCCAAAGUUGCGUCAUCGCAAUUGAAUAACGAACCUAUAUUGACACCACAAGAUGUUAAAUGUAAUGCUGCGUCAUCACAAAUGAAUUUUGGAACUAAAUUGACACCACAGGAUGUCAAAUGUAAUGCUGCGUCAUCACAAUUGAAUUUUGGAACUAAAUUGACACCACAGGAUGUCAAAUGUAAUGCUGCGUCAUCACAAUUGAAUUUUGGAACUAAAUUGACACCACAGGAUGUCAAAUGUAAUGCUGCGUCAUCACAAUUGAAUUUUGGAUCUAAAUUGAUACCACAAGCUGUCAAAUCUAAUGCUGCGUCAUCACAAUUGAAUUUUGGAAGUAAAUUGACACCACAGGAUGUCAAAUGUAAUGCUGCGUCAUCACAAUUGAAUUUUGGAGCUAAAUUGACACCACAAGAUGUCAAAUCUAAUGCUGCGUCAUCACAAUUGAAUUUUGGAAGUAAAUUGACACCACAGGAUGUCAAAUCUAAUGCUGCGUCAUCACAAUUGAAUUUUGGAAGUAAAUUGACACCACAGGAUGUCAAAUGUAAUGCUGCGUCAUCACAAUUGAAUUUUGGAUCUAAAUUGAUACCACAAGCUGUCAAAUCUAAUGCUGCGUCAUCACAAUUGAAUUUUGGAACUAAAUUGACACCACAAGAUGUCAAAUCUAAUGCUGCGUCAUCACAAUUGAAUUUUGGAACUAAAUUGACACCACAAGAUGUCAAAUGUAAUGCUGCGUCAUCACAAAUGAAUUUUGGAACUAAAUUGACACCACAAGAUGUCAAAUAUAAUGCUGCGUCAUCAGAAAUGAAUUUUGGAACUAAGUUGACACCACAAGAUGUCAAAUGUAAUGCUGCGUCAUCACAAAUGAAUUUUGGAACUAAAUUGACACCACAGGAUGUCAAACUUAAAGUUGCGUCAUCACAAUUGAAUUACAAACCUAUAUUGACACCGCAGGAUGUCAAACCCAUAGUUGCGUCAUCACAAUUGAAUUACGAACCUAUAUUGACACCACAGGAUGUCAAACCCAAAGUUGCGUCAUCACAAUUGAAUUACGAACCUAUAUUGACACCACAGGAUGUCAAACCCAAAGUUGCGUCAUCACAUUUAAAUUUUGGAACUAAAUGGACACCACAGGAUGUCAAACCCAAAGCUGCAUCAUCAAAUUUCAAUUUUGCAUCUAAAUCGACACCACAAUAUGUCAAAUCUUCAUCAUCAAAAUUAGAUACAUCGAAAGGGUUAUAUCUUGGCUACUCUGUCAAUUCUCGAGCACUACGUGUGCCAAUGACGACCUUUGAAACUGGUAAGAUGGAGCUAAAACCAAAACGCCUUAUGUCAUCCGAUGACCCAUUAGAUAUUCGCUUCAGAGAAGCGGAGUCGCAAUUCCAUCGUUUGUGCACACAAGGUGGAGUAUGGAGGAAUGCAAAAAUAGUGAGUGUGGAUUUCUACGUAAAUCCUAAACUGGAGAAGAGGUUUCAAAAAAUGAAAGAAAAACUAAAAAAAAAAUAUGGUGCAGGUGGAAAGUCACAAUAUAUAUUUGGCUUUCAUGGAACGAAAAACUACACAGAUGUGACAGCAAUUAUGGAUUAUAAUUUUAUAAAAAGCAAAUAUGGUAAAUUUGGAGCUGGUGUGUAUUUUUCGGAAUUGCCGGAAUAUACAAAAAAUUACGGAGGUCGAAACAACCUUAUCUUAGCAAAAUUACUACCUGGAAAAAUAUUUGAGUGUGAGUAUACUAGCAUGAACUCGAGAGGACUUGCUAAAGGGUACGACUCUCAUGGUGGAUUUCCUUUAAAAGACGGAAGCGGUGGUUAUAAGGAGGUUGUGAUAUUUAAUACAGAUCAAAUUUUACCGUGCUAUGUUAUAUAUUUUGAAUUAAACGAAUAGAGGUCAAAAAUUUGUUACCAUUUUAUGUUUUUACCUCCAGUUGUUAAUGUUACAUUUUGUUGAGUUAACGGUUAGCACUACAUACUUUAAAUUUUAAAUUGAUCACGUCAAGUUUUGUAGUUUUUUUUGGAGACGCCCUAAUGUGUUACGGUUUUGUUUAGGCGCGGAAAUUAAUGCAAGAGAGAUAUUUUUAUUGUUGUAGAGAACAGAGAAGGGGGGGAAUGGAAUGCUUUUAUCUUUAACAUUGUGCGUUUUCUUUAAGCUUGUAUUUUUUUGCUUGUUUUUUUUACUUGUUUGUUUAUUUUGUUUGUGUUUGUUUGUCCUUUUUGUAGUUCUUUGUGUUUGUUUGUUUGUAUACAACAGAUUUUAAUUUAAA